AUGCAAGCCCACAGCAACUUCGGAAGCGUCGUCUGCCUUUUGUGUGUCAUUCCAGCAGUGCUGUCUCGUUCGGUGAGGCACAGGCUGGAAUGUAGGUCGGACGAGUACUACAGCCGCGCCACACACCACUGUGAGGCGUGUAAGGACCUCUGUCAUCCUCAAAGGGACACGCUUGGGCAGUGCAGCGAGCUUUGUCCUGCCUACCAACCCCCCACAGCAGUGGUGAUAUCUCUUCAUGGUGACGACGAAAAUGAGCCGACGACCUCUCCUGGAACAACGAUUCAUCCAGUGACACCAACACAGGAGCUGAACCGACAUCACGAGGAAGACAAACAAGAAGAGUCCAUCUUCUGGAGGUAUGGGACAGUGGCCGGGGUCUCUGUUAAUCUCUGCAUCACAGUGAUAUUGGCCUUCGUUGUCCAUCAACAGCAAAGGGAGAUACGGAAGUUGUGGAGGCUUCAAAGCUUAAGCCCACUCCAGCACCAGGUACAGAUCCAGCCUCCCCGUGGACUACCCAACAACCCACCACAGCUGCAGGUUGUGCCUGUACCGCCCUUGGGAAGGACUGCGCCUGUAUUCCCAGGCAGUAUGGAUUCCCGGCGGCAAGCUCGAGAGGAGGAGCCGCUACUGGCACAGGCAAUGCAACCUAGCCUGAAUCAGAGAGAUGGUUCUACCGACGUCCCAACCGCCCCGUCCAACCGUGUUCCCAUCUACACCACGGACACCAAGCCGCACACCACCAGCGACCACACCGACCUUCUACGGCAGGAUCAGUCCGCCACGCGGACUCCAUUUGAAACGGAGAUCUAAAUUGUAUAUCCUAAGGCCUCACUGAUAUGUUUGUAUAACGUUAGAUGCACCCCAAAACUGUCGUGAGCGUUCGAAAGAAGAAAAAAAGUUGGGCAAAAAAAGUUGCCUUCAUUAGAAAAUGUAAGUGGUCAAAAAGGUUAAACAAACUGGGCUGUUACAAACUGGCAGGGCUGUUUCGAUUAACGAAAAAUCGAUGUUUUAUAUCAAUAGU